UGCGGGAAGAGCGAGUGAAUUUCCGUGGUCAGCCACUACAAUUCCCGAGUGUGGUGAUAACAGGCGCGUGAUGACUGUGUUGGUACGUUUUUACUAUUUUAUUUAAGUAUGACUAAUGUUCCGGGCAGCGAGUGUUGGCGCAGUCUUGACACCCGCGGCUCACCCAGGACAGCAGCAGCGGCGGUGGGGGACGUGGCAGGACAAGUGACAGGAAGCUGAGGCUGAUAAGACGGGAUAUUGCGAGAGGAGACUGUGGCGUGGUAACUCAUUUCAUCAUUAUCUCCUAUUUUCUUGUCUUCUACGUACUUUUAAAAGAGGAAGGUAGUUCCCUGCUCCUGUCUCACCUUCAUGGAGGAUCCGAGGAAGCACAUAGAGAAAGGAGAGUCGUAAGCAGGUGAAGAAGUGAGGGAGGUAAUGAGCCAUUUGGGCACUCCGUUGUGACUCGUGAAGGGCAUGCGCACGCCAGAGAAUGGAAGAGGUUGGAGAGAGAGAGGGAGAAAAUACAUGUUUCGGUACUUCACUCCUCUCUCCUUCCUCCUCUCGUCAUCUUGAGAGAGCCUUGCUGGUGUCUUACGUCGCCAAGUCUGUGGGUCACCAAGCGGCUUGGUGAGAUAUUACUGAAUUACAAAGGAGCUCGGAGUCAAAACAGACUCAGGCACGGCAGUUCCCUCAGGAAAACGUUUCGGUCGCGUCUUUACAUCACUGCGGCGGAAGUGUCACUAGUGUGGGCCGAGUGUAUAGUGAAGGAAGGCUCUGCGCUUCUGUGUGCACCUGGAUCCCUGGCGUGUUGUGUGUGAGAGGCGGGAAGGCGCCAAGCAGGUGUGGGGAUGAAAAUAAAAGUAAUUACGAGUGCAACGCCGAUCCCCAGCCAGCGCCUCACGGGACAACAGUAAGUGGUCCCGGGCGACUUAAAUACCACGGGGGCAGCACCAAGAUAGCAGCGGCAAGGCAAAGCAAGGCAAGGCGUGGCACACACACACACACACACACAAACACACACUCGCGGACGCACGGUGUGAUGCCUGCGGUCACGAGGCCGUCUGGCAGCGGAAGCCCAGACGUUUAUCAGCGGGUUCAGUAAUCCUGCCACCACCACCACCACUACUACUGUCACUUUAUCACCACUCUCCACCUCCAUACGUAAUAGUGAUCCACCAAAACCACCAGUGCACAUCCACCAAGUGAUAUAUCCACCUUCACUAUCUCCACCGCCAUUACCAGCACAGCUUGAUCUCCAGAGAGUGGAGACACGGGUGGAGGCAGGAUGGCGGAGUGGAGGGCGGUGAACAUCGCCACCAUCACGGAGGAGAAGGUGGAGGAGGAGGAGGUGGGCGAGGAUGGCAUGGUGGAGACAAUCAUCUCGCCCAUGAAGAAACAGCCGCCUGAGGCAGAAAGUCCGCAGCCAGCAGCCUCUGCCGCCCACACCAACGAUGGAAAAGAGUCUCGUCCCUCCCCAGAGAGGCAAAGCAGUCUGGUGGAGAAGGAGGUGGAAGAGGGACAGGACAACAGGCAAGCUGGAGAUGGAGAGGAGAAUCGUCGUCCAUCCCUAGAGCGGCCGAGCAGUCUGGUGGAGAAAGAGGUGGAGGAGGGGGAAGACAGCAAGCAGGCCAUCUCCACCAUCCUCUCCACCAUAUCCUUCGACAGCGACUCCUCUAGCGUUGCCCCGGCCCGCACCACUCUGCCCCGCACCCACCCCGCCGCCCCACGCAACGCUGCCCCACGCCACGCCGCCGCCCGAAGCAGAACCCUCCCCAGAACAGGCAGUCGCGCAUCAGGGUUCACGAUGAACCUCUCGGAGAAGUUCGUGACGGAGCUGAGUUUAUAUGACCCCGACGGAAGCCGCGAGCCCCUCCUGAGCCCCGUCAUCCUGCUGGGGUUGUUCCUGGCCACAGAUCAGGUGCUGGGCGACCACUCCAUCUACAAGGUGUCCCCCGUCUCUCCUCUGGCCGCUCUCAAGAUAAGGCCACAAGACAGGCUGCUCAAGAUCAACGGAGUGAGUCUGGAGGGUUGGUCACACGCCUGCGUGGUGGACUACGUGAAGAGCCUGACCCUGUCCGCCGCUGCCACCGCCACCGCUGAGGACCCCGACACCCCCACGGAUAUAAGGCUGAGUAUAGAGCUUCGGAGGUCAGGGCGGAAUGUCAGAUCCCCGCAGGAGACGCCCACAAGCAAAAUUCUAGACGCCACACUCAGAAUCAGAAGAAGAAUCAAUAUUUUCUCUUCAGGAGCGACCGUCACCGCCGUGCAGGAGCGGGAGAUGUGCGUCAGAUACCGGACUACUGUACCGCGGUGUCUGAAGGAGGCGCAGAAGGGACUCUACCUCUCCAUCAACCUCUCUUCUUCAGGCGUGGCUGGCUUAGUGGCGUGUGCUGACAACAGCGAUGGAGCAGGUCGGUUCCUCCUUCACACCUUCGACGUCUCCUCCAUCUCCUCCUCCUCGCCUCACCUCAACGGGCGCAGCGGCGGCGGCGGUGGCGGUGGUGGCAUUGGUGGUGGUGGUGUGGGUCAGGGGGAGGUGGUGGUGAUGGAGAGUGACGCCUGCCGCUCCUGGUACCUCCAUGCCUCCACCCCGGACUGUGUCGCCCUCAUGUUCGCCUCGGGUCUUGAGCCGCAGACACUGACGGAGAAGGACGUGCGUUUCUUCAGCUUGGUUCCUCUGCCUGGCGAUGAUCACCUCUUCAGGAUACAGAACCUGUCCACGGGGUCCUUUCUUUCCGUGGCGCCUGACUGUCUUAGCCUGGUGGCGAGGGAUGUCUACGGAUCACUACCAGACUCCACUGUUUUCCAUGUCCUUAACUGUUAGGUAUUCCAUGGUUUUAUAUUAUUCAAUUUCCUUCAUGCUUUUUUAAUGUUCUUCUCUUUAUAUUUUUGUUUCUUCUCUUUUCAUUUUUAUUUCUUCUCUUUUAUUUUUUAUUUCCUCCAUGCUUCUUUAAUGUUUUUUUCUGUCUUUCUCUUACCUGCAAUUCCCUCCUUUUUCUUUUUCUUAUGUUCCUAUUUAUAUCUUUCUCCACUCUGGUCUUUUCCACGUCUUUCACUGUUAGGUAUCUCAUUUAUUUUCGUCAUUUUUUGCCUCCUUGUCUCUUCGUUGUUCUUCCCUGUCUUCCCCUGUGUUCCUUGUGCAAUGUGCAACCCUUGCCUUGUACUGUACUUCCUUACUUACUUCUCUGUCUCUGCCACUAUUCUCUCUUCACUAUUAUUUUGUCUGUUUAUCUUCUAAAAAUACUUUCCAUAGGUCAGUAUGACAAUAGCUGACCUAGUCCUUGCAUUGCUUCACUUGUUAUGUAUUUGAAUAAAUCUUUGUACAUUAUAAUCAUCAA